UUACACGUCAAAAUUUUCAUUCUGUCGCAUAGUGACAUGGUGUGCUGACAGACAUUCGAAGAAAAAAUCCAUUUUUCGUGAAAAAUUGUGUAGUUUUAUGACAAAGUUUCAAAAAACUUAUAUUUAAAUGAAAUUUGGUUACAGUUUAGGUGUCGUUAAUGUUUGAAUGUAGCAGGAAAUGGAUAGCUUAGAAAGAGAGUGAAUACAAGAAGGAUUGACAAAUUAGAAAAAAAAAUCUUAAUAAUUAGUGCUCUAAUGAUCAUUUACCAAAUGUAUAAUUUUGUUUAAUAACAUUCCUACUGAUUUUAUUGUAACAUUAAAAAACGUCAUUUACAAAUCAAAAUGUUCCAGCCUACGAACGCCAACCGGAAAGGAGUGAAGGGGAAAGUGCUCGAUCCAGAUAUAGAUUAUUCUAAAGUGAAAAGCGUCCACAGCAUUUCGUCCUGGUGGGGCAUCGGUGGCAUUUUCCUCAUCCUUUUCAUUGGCAAUUUGACUAGCUACACCAACUCUCACCUACCGGACGCACUGAGGAACGCACACCUAGCGAAAUAUCCAAACGCAUUCAUUGCCGAGCGAGCAUACAAAGAUUUGAAAAUUUUGAACGAUUUUGGCCCGAAACCAACUGGCAGCUAUGCGAACGAGGUGCUGGCCGUUGAUUUUCUCCUGCGAGAGAUUUCCUACAUCGAUCAGCUGAAGAACAAAAACCAAGAGAUCGUUGUCGACAAGCAAAUCGUUUCCGGUGGAUAUGUCGGCGUCUACAUGAACAAGUCAGCAACGAGCGUCUAUCGGAACGUUCAGAACGUGAUUGCCAAGCUGGUGGGAAAACACAAGGAGCAGGCACUGCUGUUGAAUUGCCAUUUUGAUUCGGUGGCAACCAGCCCUGGUGCCAGCGAUGAUCUAUCGGGUUGUGCUGUAAUGUUGGAGAUAUUGCGAGUAAUGUCAAGACAGUCCGAUAUCAAUCAGUACUCGAUUAUUUUCUUGUUCAAUGGAGCCGAAGAAACGCCACUGCAGGCUUCACAUGGAUUCAUCUCAUCUCACCGCUGGGCGAAGGAGGUCCGCGCAUUUCUGAAUCUCGAAUCGGCCGGUUCCGGUGGCAAAGAAAUGCUCUUCCAAAGUGGGCCAAAGAAUCCCUGGUUGAUCGAAAUGUACGCCAAAGCCAUUAUGUAUCCUUACGCACAAGCAGCGGCCGAAGAAGUCUUCCAAUCGGGUGUCAUUCCUUCCGACACGGACUUCCGCGUGUUUCGGGAUGUAGGCGGUGUACCGGGAAUGGACUUUGCGUACACGGCCAAUGGCUAUCGGUACCACACCAAGUAUGACUCAAUCGAAUAUAUACCGAUGACGGUUUUGCAACGAACCGGUGACAAUAUCCUGUCGCUGACCAAGACGAUUGCCAACUCCGAUAGGCUAGGAGCGGAACACAAGAAGACCGAACACACAGUGUAUUUCGAUUUUCUUGGAGUAUUUUUUGUACACUACUCCGCGGACGUUGCCUUCAUGAUCAAUCUUUCAGUGGUGCUGCUGUCGAUAAUAAUACCGUUUCUAUCGCUGGCCAGAUCAACCAGUGGCACUCACGGCAGACAAAUACGAUCGGAAACAAUGGUCGGAUUUGUGGCAACAUUUCUAGGAGCUGGCGUUAGCGGUAUUGUGUGCUUCCUCAUCGGAUACCAGUUGGAUCUGAUAGGUCGACCUAUGUCGUGGUACUCAUCCACAAAUUUAGUACUUGGAGUGUAUUGCUGUCCAGCACUUUUAUGCCAGUGUUUAGUUCAUAUACUCUGCAGCAAGGUGUUUGGCAGUAAAACCACACCUCUAAGUCUGGCGCUUAAGGUUCAGGCACGAUUGAAUGGAGUUAAUCUGUUCUGGGGAAUGCUCACCUUAGGGAUCACCUUUACAGGUUAUCGCGUUGCCUACAUUUUUAUGAUCUUGAUAUUCUUUUCACUACUAUCGAACACUCUUAUCUCGAUGUUUGCCGUUCAAAAUUCCGUCCACAAAUGGCUGUAUAUCCAUUUGUUCUUCCAAGUAUUUGCCAUAUUGUGGAGCACGCAGUUCUACCACAUGAUGUUGAAUCUGUUCAUACCCAUAACGGGUCGUAUUGGAGCCUCGAUCAAUCCCGACUUGAUCAUUGGAGCGAUUGCCACAUUUCUGACGCUUCUGACAUGCAGCUACAUGACCCCACUAUUAUUCCUGUUGAAGAAAACGGACAAACUAAUAGGUGAGUUGGUGGCAAUCACUGUAAUCGCACUUUUGUUGGCCGCCUGGACCCAUGUCGGAUUUCCCUAUCGAGAUGAUAGCUUGAAGGCACCCACUGUGCAGCGACAUUACAUUACGCACACACUUCGAAAAUUUCACGACAUCAGCGGUGGAAUACGUCGUACCGAUUCUGGUUUUCUGCUGCAGGAGCUCGAUCGAAACGCUAAGAAAACGAUUGAAGGAAUUGUCAUGCCGGAUACGAUCACGCCGAUGCGAGAGAUACCAGCCUGCGAGAAGGAACUCUUCUGUGCCAUUCCGUUCUACUCCAUCUGGCAUCAGGUGUUAUUUGAAAAUUACUGGUUUACUGCUCCGCCACCGCUCGUGCAUUCGUCAGUAACUUGCUCACUCCAAAGUAAGGACAAACUUUCCGAACACGAUCAUAAAAUGCAGCUAACAUUAAAAGGCGAUCACCAAUGUGCUCUAGUCAUAGGGCCCAAAGCUGGCACAACACUUCAAAAAUGGGACAUAGUGGACGAGCUGGCCGAUCCAAUUGAGUUCAACGGCCAAAGAGGUUAUUUCGUUCUCAUCAGUAGUGGAUCGAAUCCAGGUCCGAUGAACAUUACAUUGAAUCUGAAGCACGAAAUUCCAAAUUACGAUGGUCCUUUGGUUGAUAUUAUGGUGACUACCACUUUCUGGGAACAUCAAAAGCAUCAUGCACCUGUGUUCAAUAAAUUGCUCAACCGUGUCCCUACAUGGGCCCACGUGGUUCCCUCGGUAGCUGCAGUUAAUAGCUACGUAUUUUAAACUAUACGCAAGCACCGAAUGAGAUGGAAGAAAGCUAUAUAUUAUAGCCUUGUGUACCAAAGACAAGAGCGCUGUGCUCAGUGGAAAUCUCGAUUACUUAUUUUAUCUCUACAAGAGUCUCUAAUUUAGGUUUAAAAUCAAACAUAAUUUUUAGAACAUGAAGUUUAUACAUUAAAAUAACGUUGAUAAAAUAUGUUCCAUAUGGUUAACUUUCUUAGUCUAUAUGAUCUGUUAUCCACGAUAUCAACAUUACAAAGAAUGAAACUCCCGCGCGUACUGGAAAAAAUAAAGGUAAAGUGCGAUUGGUCUAACUAAAAAAUAUGAAAAUUUAUAUAAUUUCGAAGUCGUAAUCUCCUUAACUCCUAACGACUUUCUGCAAGCUAUUGCCUGCCUCCUUCAUUGGGUAGAUCAUUCCUUACUGAACAAAAAAAGAAGAUUUCACUGUUUAAUUACUUUUUGCUUAUAAUUAGUUCAUGAUUCGAUAAAUCGAUAAAUUACAUUUUUAGAGUGAGAGACGGCGUUUAUAGUGGCUCAAAGCUAGACACAUGCAAUACUCCUUAAGUGAUAAGUACUAGCAAUUGUAGGAUUUAUGAUGCGUACAUAAAUGAAAAUUUUGAUUCUACUAAAAUAGAAGAAAAAAAAUGGAGCACAAUUCUAGUAAACAUUAUCUAUAAAUAGUUUUGUAUAAAAAAAAUUUCUCACUUUUAAAAUAGAGCUAUCAUAUAAAAACCACGACAAAUAAAAUCAAUUUUAUAUACA